AUGGAAGAAGAAAGCAAAGAUUUGCACGAUGAAUGCUGGGAGAUGAUCUUUGAUCGUCUCCAUCAUAAAAGGGACCAAGAAUCAAUCUCUUUAGUCUGCAAGAGAUUCCUAUCAAUCACCAAUUCCUUACGAGUUAGCAUAAAGUUCUCAGAUUAUACACCAAUCUCAACCAUCUCUAGGCUAAUGCAGCGAUUUUCCAACCUUAAAAAGAUACAGUUCUGUAACUUUAGAGGAGACCUGAAUGAAGCUGUUACUUUGAUUGCACGGUCAGGUUUGGACUUGGAAGAGUUGAUUGCUUUGUCACACGAUCAAUAUAAACGAGCAGUUUGGUAUGAGGAGCUGAGUUCAAACAUGAAGAAUCUGAAAGUACUCAAAUAUUCAGGUGGACGUGGAGAUGUUGAUCUUGCCAGAAUAGCAGACUCGUUUCCUAAUCUUGAAGAACUUUAUAUCGAUCAUGAAGGAGAGUAUACUACUACUGUCACUGAUGAAGGGGUGGAUUACAUGUCAUCCAAGCUCAAAAGAAUACGUAAGAUAGACCUUUCCAACAGAGCAUUUAUAACAGAUAAGUCCCUUGUUUCUCUGUCAAAAAACUGUCCAUUACUCGAGCAUAUUAAAAUUUAUCAGUAUAAUAAAGUGACAGUAGAAGGGAUAUCAUUCCUCGUUAACAAUAGCCAUCAUUUGAAAUUAUUUUACAUAUAUAAAGAUCUUAAUAUUGAUACGUUUGGAGUCAAUGGCUCUUCUAAUUUCCUAGCCAACUUACGAUCUCUAAGGCUCUACGACGUUGACAUAUCGGAUGAGUUUCUCUUUUCUAUAGCAAAAGCACGAAUUUCUUUUACCGACUUGGCUGUAAUAGAUUGCGAAAGCUACACGUUUACUGGGAUCUCAAGGCUCCUGCUGAAAACUUCUCAAUCUCUCAAGUCUUUAGACUUGGGGGGAUUCAUGGGAGUAAAAUUCCUCACAAAUGAGCAUAUAGAGUACUUAUCCUGUUUUCUCCAAAACCUGACAUCAAUUAAGCUCUUUAAUUGUUCCAAUCUAUCUGAUUCAGCUUUUGUUAUGAUCACACAAAGAUGCCCUCGUCUGUGCCAUUUUGCGAUGACUGGUUCAAGCCUCGGAACAGAAGAAUACAAUUAUGAUGGCCUAAUGAAGAACCGUGCAGUAAAGUACUUGAACCUAGCAUUUCAUUAUGACUUUAGCCUUACAGUUCUGAAAAGGCUUCUUACCAUAUUUCCCGAAGUGGAGAAGCUCGACCUAAGUCAUUGUAAAUUCGUACGCCAUGAUAAACUGAAUGUUCCUGAUAUACUAGAGUGCAGCAAGAAGCUUGUGAAACUGGAUAUAGGAGGAUCCCAUGGUAUUAUCGAGGAUUUAACUGCAAAAGACAUGGAGUUGCCAGUGUUAGAGAAGCUGAUUUUGAAGUAUUCAUUUAGAGAUAUUAAUGAUAAAUUGCUUACCAAGUUAGGGAGGGUGUGCCCCAGAUUGAUUCACCUGGAUCUAGAGUUUUGCCUUCUAGUGACAGAAAAAGGAGUAAAGGAAGUGGUGAAAUCGUGUAAACAACUGAGAUACUUGAGCAUAAGUUCCUGUUGGAAUUUGGAUAUCAGUAUAAUAGCAUGGAUAGUGACAAACAGACCAUCCUUGAGAAAACUGGUGUCAUCAUCUCGCAUAUACCCAGAUGACGAAAACCAGAAACUCUUCCUGCAGCAAGGCUGUCUUGUCCUCAAGGAUCCAAACCCACCUUGA